UAUGGUUUUUUUUCUCAUUCUUUCGUUUUCUUAUUCUUGUUUUGCUCAACGUGGAACUGUCGUUCUAUUUUUAAAUCAAAUUUCGAUUUUAUUUUGGAAUUGUAAGAUUUGUUGCAAAGAAAAUACACAUACACUUAACGCCAGAUUAAUUUCGAAAAGCUUGGCAAUGCUGGCAAAUUGAAUUCCUUGGAAAAUAAGAAGAAACUGUGUGAACGCCGGCUGUGUUAUUUGGUGAUAGUAGAAAUAAAAUACGUCACCUGUGGAAUAUAUAUGUGCAUUUACCAAAAACCGAAGCAUUUUCUGUCACAACAAUGAUGACAAUUAUGUAAUAUGCCAAUUGUACAUCCAAAAAUUCGGCUGAUUUGAUGUUGGUGCAACCACUGUGACUGCAACUGCUAAAAUGGAUGCACUUGUAUUUCUGACUGCGGCGGCUCAUCUCGUCUAUACGCCUUUCACUAAAGUCGAGGAGAGCUUUAACCUGCAGGCCAUGCACGAUAUUUUAUAUUUGCGGAACAAUUUCACGGAAUAUGAUCACCAUGAGUAUCCAGGAGUUGUGCCUCGCACAUUUAUUGGACCCUUAAUUGUAUCAAUAUUGUCCGCUCCGUUUGUGGUGCUCUUUGAGACGAUGAGCAUUAAUAAAUUCUGGGCACAAUAUGUAGUUCGCCUCGUCUUGGCUGGAGCCAUUUCGGUUGCGUGGAACAAUCUGCGUCGGGCUGUGACAAAAAUCUAUGGCAUUGAAGUGCGUUUGUGGUUUACGGCUAUAACAAUAACACAAUUUCAUUUCAUUUUCUAUAUGACACGCCCACUACCAAACAUCUUUGCACUGCCACUUGUGCUCUAUGCGAUCGCAUAUUGGAUGCGUGGACAAUACAAGCCCUUUAUCAUUUGCUCGGGAAUAUCUAUCAUUGUGUUUCGAUCCGAGUUGGCACUCUUUUUGGGAUUGCUGCUAGCUCUGGACUUACUGCAGCAGAAGUUAUCCGUUGAUGGCUUGCUGAAGGUUGCUUUGCCUGCGGGCGUCUGUAUAUUGGCUGCCACGGUGCUGGUAGACUCAUUCUUUUGGCGACGCCUGCUGUGGCCCGAAGGCGAAGUGUUGUGGUACAACACCAUACUUAACAAGAGCUCCAAUUGGGGCACAUCACCGCUGUUGUGGUACUUUUACUCUGCGCUGCCGCGUGCCAUGGGUGUCUCAUUGGCAUUUGUGCCGAUUGGCAUUUACUUUGAGCCGCGCAUUCGACCCUUGGCUCUUUCGGCACUCGGAUUUGUGCUGUUGUACUCUCUGCUGCCACACAAGGAGCUGCGCUUCAUAAUAUACGUGUUCCCCGUGCUUAACAUUGCUGCGGCGUGUGCCUGUCAACGCAUGUGGAUGAACAGUGCCAAAUCAGCAUGGCAUAGCUUCGUAGCGCUCAUAGCAGCAUCACAUUUGCUGUUCAACGUCCUUAUUACGAUAUUUCUGCUUGUCGUGUCCGGCACAAAUUAUCCUGGAGGUGCGGCGCUUUCCCGUCUGCAUCGAUUGGAGGCGACCAAUCCAAAUGUUUCGGUGCACAUUGCAAAUUUGGCUGCGCAGAGCGGUGUAUCGCGUUUUAUGGAGAUACACAGUGAUUGGACAUACAGCAAGGAUGAGACUAUGAACUAUACUCAAGCAGAGAUGGCGAGAUACAGUCACUUGUUGGUGGAGGCGAAAAACAAGCAUAACACGGAGCUGUGGACGACUUUGCAGGAGGAUUUCGAGACGUUGGAAUUCGUCGAUUGCUUCAACAGCAUUGGCAUCCAAUACAAUUCGCUAUUUCCAGUACGCAUCAAGACAAAGCCUUGCAUUGGCAUUCUUAAGAAACGAUUUAAUGUCGUAACAGAUCUACACAAAGAAAAAAAGCUACCAAAAGACAAAAGUCUUAAGGAUAGCACGAAAGCGAAACGUAAAAAGGAUAAAACUAAAACAGACAAGUUAGAUCCAGUAGAGGAUACACCUUUGGAGAAUGUAAUUCAAGAGGAAUCAAAGACUAUUAAAGACGAUUCGAAUAAAUUUUCAGAACAAGUCUCUAGUGUGGAGCCAAAGAUCGAGGUGGAGAUUGACGACGAUGAUGGUAUAGUAGCCACUGUGGAGGAAACCUCAUUAGAAUUUCAAGCAGAUGCUGUCGAAGUAGCUAAGGAAAUCAAUUUUCAGGAAUUGCGAAAUCUUGCACUUGAACACACGACUCGGAAAUCUCGUGCAGUAACUAAACUGAAAUUACGAAAGAUAAUCGAACAACACUAUAGAGCCAAGGGACGACAUAUCGAAAACGAUUCUGCAGAACAGCCAAAACCUACAGGGGCACGUACUGGAAUGCGGCAAUCGGUUAAAUCCAUUAUAAAGCAGGAGAAGAUUAAGGAGAUGAUCGAGCAGAUCGCUACUAUGGAUUUGACUCGCAUCUGCGACUUGGAAAAGACAUCAACAAAGGACUGCUUAAAGCAGGUUAUUGACAAAAUAGACGACGAUAGCAUAAAAGUAUGAUGUCGAGUUUCUUGCAAAAGAUUGUAAUUUAAAUAGUUGUUUGUAAUAAAAUUGUUUUCAAAGACAAACUCAUUAUGCUAAUGUCAUGUUUAUUGUUUGGGAAUGAGAUGCUGCAGUACGUGUGUUAAAUUGAAAAUGAAAGAUGUAAAAGUCAUUGAACACAUUGUAAACUUGUAUUAAAUGUCAUUCAACUAUA